AUGGAAGUCACCAAGGAGCAACGAGAAGACCUCCAGAGACAGAUGAAAAAAGCUCAAGAGGAGGAGGAGGAAAGAAAGAAGAGGGAGGCAGAAAGGGAAGCCCAGCAAGAAGAAUUGAAUAAAGAACGAGACGAGAAAAUAAGGAUCGCAAGGGAGGAAUUGGAGAAGGAAUCGGAAGCCCGUAAGAAGGCCGAGGAAGAGAAAGAGAAAGCAGAGAAUGAUCUCAAGCAGGGAAUUCGGCCAUAA